UCUUAUCAAUUAAUAAACACCGUCAUCAAAUUAAAAUAUUAAAUUAUUCUAUUGCAAUUAUAGAAUUUUCGAACGAUCAAAUUCGCUGUUUAUUCUAGAAACAUUUUUUCGAUUACAGGCAGAUUUUAUAAAAAUUCCCAUCGGGUGGCUACAUGAUGUGACUUAAUCCAUUUCUAUUUGUUGACGAAAACUUGUAACAUGGAGUCCUCUUCAGGUUACCAAAACUUAACCGAGACCGUUGACCGUAAAAUUAGCAAUACUUUUACGGCCAAGAGACAGGCGCAAGACUUUGAAAUGAGUAAUGUCACUGUUGUCCCUGAUGAAACUUAUACUGUAGCUCAAGCAGUAGAUGCAUUUGGAUUUGGAAAAUUUCAAGUGAAACUGUCAUUAUUCACUGGACUUUGUUGGAUGGCCGAUAGCAUGGAAACAACUAUUUUAAGCAUUUUGUCACCUACUUUACAUUAUGAAUGGCAGAUUACACUCUUUCAGGAAGCACUAGUGACCACUAUUGUUUUUCUGGGUAUGAUGUUAAGUUUACCAUUUUGGGGAUCAUUCAGUGACAAGUUUGGUAGAAAACCAGCUUUAACACUAUGUUCUGUGCUAUUGUUUUAUUUUGGUAUCCUGAGUUCAAUGUCCCCAAAUUACACAUGGUUAUUAAUUUUACGAGGACUAGUUGGAUUUGCUAUUGGUUGUUCUCCACAAUCUGUUACAUUGUACGCAGAAUUUUUGCCUUGUAAACAACGAGCCAAAUGUGUAGUGUUACUUGAUUGUUUUUGGGCACUUGGAGCAUGCUUCGAAGUUCUCUUAGCCCUUAUAGUGAUGCCUACAUUAGGUUGGAAAUGGCUUUUAGUAUUAUCCACAGCACCAUUGCUUGGUUUCGCAUGUGUUUGCCCGGUAAUAAAACACUGGUUGCCUGAAUCAGCUAGGUAUUUGGUGGCCAGUGGCCAAACUGACAAAGCUAUUGACACAUUAAAAAAAGUUGCUCAUGACAAUGGGAAACCAAUGCUCUUGGGCAGAUUAGUUGUCGAUGACAUAGUUCUAGAAGAAAAAAAUGGUCGUUUCACUGAUCUUCUGUUGCCACAACUUAGAGUUACUUCAAUUUUACUCUGGUUCAUUUGGUUAGUAUGUGCAUUUUGCUAUUAUGGCAUUGUGUUAAUGUCCACUGGAUUAUUUGAAAGUGGCAACAAUAAUAGAAUCUGUUCAGCAAAUCUUGAUGGUGAUAUUUUUAAAACUGUGCAAACUUGUACAGCUGAAUCUCAUUACUUGACAACUCAUGAUUAUAUUGAUCUAUUAUGGACAACACUCGCAGAAUUUCCAGGCAUAUUUGCUACCAUUUAUGUAAUUGAUAGAUUUGGUCGAAAAAUAACAUUGGUUUUUCAAUUUACAAUGUUUGCCAUAAACUUAAUCUUCUUAUUUCAAUUUGCAAAAAAUAGUCGUGUGUUGUUGACAAUAACAUUAUUUUUUGCAAGAGGUAUAAUUGCUGGAGUGUUCCAAGCUGUGUAUGUUUACACACCAGAGAUUUAUCCAACUCCAUUAAGAACAAUUGGAGUUGGUACAUGCAGUGCUAUGGCUCGGUUAGGUGCUAUGGUUACUCCAUAUAUUGCACAGGUAUUGCUCAAAUCAUCAUUUACUACUUCAAUAAUAAUAUAUAUUACAGCAGCACUUCUUGCUGCCAUAGCAAGUUCAUUAUUGCCAAUUAAUAAUGAAAGAAAUGUAAAAGAAUAUACAGAAAAAGAUUAGGAAGAAAAUUUAAUAAUAAUGAAAU